CCGGUAGCCGAAGACGCCCCUCAACUACCCCCUACUUCUCCUCUCUGGGUGAUCAAACCAGUCUCAGGGGCAGGAAAUGGCGUUUUCGCCUUACAGCACCUGCCGGAUUCGACGGCACUUCUCUCGACUUCAUUUGUUCCGAUGUAUACCAUCAACCGGGAAUAUCGUCGAGAAGUCUGCGGAUACUGCUUCCUCUACGACGAUGGGAAGAAUCUGCGGAUCCGGAACUCCUUGGCCGGCUUCUCCUUCUGCUCCCUCACCUGUCAAAACGCGUGGAAUCUAGAGAACGGACUCACAAGGACGGUGGUGUGGGAGCCGCUGGAGACAUACAUCAAGAAACGACAUGGGAAAUCAGCCGAACUGGACGAGCUCCCGAACGCGGACGAUCGACGCCCUUCGCCACUGGAAAUAUCAAACGCCUGGGAAGAGUGUUCCACCAAAUUGGCACUGGUUCGCCCCGGAAUAUUUCCACCUUGCAAAGACGCCCGCGGGGCUAGACAUGCUAUCUCAAAGACGACCGUCCACCCCGACACGCUGUCAUUCCUCGCCUCAGGACACCAUGCCCUCUCAGGGAACGGCCUCACCUCAUUCCCCCCCACUCCCCUAGAGACCAGCCUCCGUCACCUCGCUCAGUCCCAGGCCGCCUACCCCUCCGCCCAUGAUCUCGCCCUCCACACCAUUGCCCACCUCCAACUCGCCAUGCUCCUCAACCUCAGCUCCCUCACCACGCGCAACGACUCCACCCAGCUCUCCCACACCCUCACCGCCGUCGCCGCCUGCAACGCCUUCGGGCUCCGACCCCCCGUCGCGCAGGACCCCGACCGGUCCGAGUACUUCGGCUGGGGCCUGUGGCCUGAAGCGAGCUUCUUCAACCACUCGUGCGAGCCGAACGUCGCGAAGGAGCGGGUAGGGAGGGAGUGGCGGUUUUGGGCGGCGAGGGAAGUGCGCCAGGGGGAGGAGUUGUGUAUUAGUUAUCUCGGGGGCGAGGAGGGGGAGAUGACGAGGGAAGAGAGGCAGGGGAGGUUGAAGGUGGAGUGGGGGUUCGAGUGUUGUUGUGCGAGGUGUGAG